AUGCCCGAUGAGUUUGUGCCGGACGUGGUCCUUCCGCAAUCCAAACACGCUCGUCAUCGUCUAUUCGUUUUCCUAAGACAAGAAGUCAAGAGUAUCAUCUCACCUACUGACCUUGACAAACCAAAUACAUGGAGGCGCUCGUGGUGCGGCGGCUGGGCGACCCCACGCUGCCCCCCCGGCGGCGAAGCCUCCCCGUUCGCCGCGGUCUCUGGGGACCACCCGGUGCCGGAGAUCUCGUCGCGAACAGCAGUCCGAGUGCGAGUCGCGGCGACCAGCCUCAACUUCGCCAAUUUCCUCCAGGUGCAGGGCAAGUACCAGGAGCGCCCCCCGCUGCCGUUCGUGCCUGGAUCCGACUACUCUGGAGUGGUCGACGCAGUCGGGCCCGGUGUGCGUGGGCUCCGGCCCGGCGACCGCGUCUGCUCCUUUACCGGCCUCGGGUCCUUCGCUGACUUCAUCGUCGCCGAGGAGAAGCAGCUAUUUUUAGUGCCUGAUGGAUGCGAUCUGGUCACAGCUGGGGCUUUACCUGUUGCAUUUGGUACAUCACAUUUGGCCCUUGUUCACCGAGCCCAAUUGAAGGCUGGCCAGGUGCUACUUGUUCUUGGUGCUGCUGGUGGAGUCGGGGUAUCUGCUGUGCAAAUAGGAAAAGUUUGUGGUUCUGUUGUUAUUGCAAUUGCUAGGGGGGCUGAGAAAUCGGAAUAUCUCAAGUCCAUAGGAGCCGAUCAUGUAAUUGACUCAAGCAAGGAUAAUGUUGUAGAAAGUGCCAAGUCCUUCUUAAAGGCUAGAGGCUUGAAAGGUGUUGAUGUUUUAUAUGACCCAGUCGGGGGGAAACUAACUCAGGAUAGCCUGAAACUUCUCAAUUGGGGUGUGCACAUUCUUGUCAUCGGAUUUGCCAGUGGUGAUGUUCCAGUUAUUCGAGCGAAUAUUGCUCUUGUUAAGAACUGGACAGUUCAUGGUUUGUACUGGGGAAGCUACUUAACUCAUCGACCACGAGUACUCAUUGAUUCCCUCAAUGAACUCUUGUCAUGGCUUUCAAAAGGUCUGAUAAAAGUUCAAAUUUCACACCGCUACAGACUUGUUGAGGCCCAUCUUGCUUUCUCUGCCCUGAGAGAUAGGAAGGCGGUUGGCAAAGUGAUGAUUGUAAUGGGCUCCUCAGCAGCAUCAAGGCUCUGA